GUAAUGAAGACACUCAGUUACUGAACUACAAUAAUCUGUUCAAUAAUCAUUAUGCGAAUAUAUAUUGUCAGUUAUUUAUUCAGUUAUGUAAACUGUCGUUCACGUUCAAGAAAAUCCAAAUUUCUCUGUACCAUUAUGCUUAUUAUAACUUGGCUAUCAGUUAUUUGGUUAUUGAUUACAUAUAUGCUAGAGGAUUAUCAAUUAUUUCAUUAUCCGCCAAAUAUUAAUUUGUAUCAAAUUUAUGAAAAAGAAAAAUUACAAAUUAAUUCAAGUUUACCACCUUUAUGGAAAAUCAUUUUUCCUCUAUCUUCUAAUUAUACAGAACAAUGUCUAAUUAAACAUUAUAAAUGCAAUAAUAAUAGUAAUAAUAAUAAUGAUAACAAUAAUGAUUCCUUAUUAUUUCAGUCGUCAAAAUGUCAAACUAUUGAUAUACUAUUAGUUAUUCGAUCACAUGUAAAUAAUUUUAAUCAACGAGAUGCUAUUCGUCAAACAUGGGGAAAUCAACAAUGCUAUGAAAAUUUUGGUGCGUUUAUUCGUAUUCUAUUUAUUUUAGGCAAACAAGACGACAAUAAUGAUAAUGUAUUAAAUUAUUCUAUACAAAAUAAAAAUAAUCAUUAUAACAAUAGUAUGGGUAACACUGGGGUAUUACAAAAGUUACACUAUGAGCAUUUUAUGCAUCAUGAUAUUAUACAAUUUGACUUUAUUGAUAAUGAUUCUAAUUUAUUGAAUAAAUGGAUUGGUAGUAUUGAUUUUAUUGUAAAAUACUGUAUGAUUACUGAGAAAUCAUUUACUCUAUUUCUAGAUGAUGAUACUUUUUUACAUCCAAUAAAUUUAAUUCAAUUACUACGUCGUAUUACACUUAAACAGUAUAGAAUUUAUGCAUCCGGUCAUGUAAAACGUAUCUCUUAUCCAGUUCGUAUCCCGUUCUUGCCUAAAUAUAUAUCACUAUUAAAUUAUCCAUUCUGUAUAUAUCCACCAUAUAUAAUUAGUGGAACAAUUAUAUUAAGUAUGCCUGUUGUUCAUUUAUUACGUGUUGGAUUCAACCAUGUUACAAAUAUUCCAUAUGAUGAUAUCCUAUUAGGAAUUAUACUAUUAAAAUUUGGUAUUAGUCCUAUUCAUUUAAAAAAUAUUUAUACAGAACAUAGUUUAGAUAAGCAAACUCUUAAACAAUUGCAAUUUAUCAGUAUUCAUGGUUACAAUGAUCCUUUAAUGGUUCAGUCGUUAUGGUCAACUUUAAAUAUGAAUUAUGCUUGUAAAAUAAAACUAAAGAACUAAUAAAAAGAUAUCUAAGG